UUAAAAGUCAUACAAAGAAAAACAAACUACUACUACUAGUCUACUACUAUUGCACAUUCCACAAUUCAAUCACCAAAUUUUGCUUACAUUGUUAGUACAUUUUCGUAGUUUUUGUUUUAGAUUUUUAGAUCAGAUCUUAGGCAAAGAGUCGAGGAACUUGAAAUCGUUAUUCAAAACCAAUUGGUGAUCAAAGAAGCUGUAUCAUAUUUUAGGCAAGACCAUUGUUUUUUGAGAGUUGCAUAUGCAGAAAUGAGGAGUCUUAUUAUAGCAUUUUGCCUUGUGACAUUUCUAUCUUAUGCAGCUGCAUAUGAUCCUUUGGAUCCAAAUGGGAAUAUAACAAUCAAAUGGGAUGUUAUGUCAUGGACCCCUGAUGGUUAUUUGGCAACAGUAACAAUAAACAAUUUCCAAAUGUAUCGGCACAUAGGAAAUCCAGGGUGGCAAUUGGGCUGGACAUGGGCCAAAAAAGAGGUAAUAUGGUCAAUGGUAGGAGCCCAAACGACCCAACAAGGAGACUGUUCGAAAUUCAAAGGGAACAUUCCUCAUUGUUGUGAAAAAACCCCAACAGUUGUGGACCUUUUACCAGGGGUACCCUACAAUCAACAGGUUGCCAAUUGUUGUAAGGGUGGUGUCCUUAAUGCGUGGGGUCAGGAUAAAGAUGGGUCUGUUUCUCAGUUUCAGAUUAGUGUUGGGCAGGCUGGUACUACUAAUAAGACUGUUAAGUUGCCCAAAAAAUUUACCAUGUUGGGCCCAGGCCCAGGUUAUACUUGUGGGCCUGCUAAGGUUGUUCCUUCUACUAAUUUCUUGAGUACUGAUCGUCGUCGUAAAACUCAGGCUUUGAUGACAUGGAACGUGACCUGCACCUACUCACAGUUUCUGGCGAGGAAAUACCCAUCUUGCUGCGUCUCCAUGUCAACUUUCUACAAUGAAACUAUCACCCCUUGCCCUACUUGCUCAUGUGGAUGUGAACAUAAGAAAAAUUGUGUCAAGAGUGAUUCAAAAAUUCUGAGUCCGACAAAAGUGAAUUCGCGGAGGAGAGAAAGCUCCUCAUUGCUUCACUGCACCCAUCACAUGUGCCCAGUUCGGGUGCACUGGCAUGUUAAGGUUAACUACAAAGACUAUUGGCGCGUUAAAGUUAGCAUCACCAACUUCAAUUAUCGAACAAACUACAGCCAAUGGACUCUAGUUGCUCAGCACCCUAACCUGAACAAGGUUACUGAAGUCUUCAGCUUCAACUACAAACCUCUUGUUCCCUUUGGAUCAAUAAAUGAUACAGGGAUGUUUUACGGGCAAAAGUUCUAUAAUGAUCUUCUGAUGGAAGCCGGACCAUUAGGUAAUGUACAGUCUGAAGUCUUAAUGCAAAAAGAUGAUAACACUUUCACCUUCAGGCAAGGAUGGGCAUUCCCUAGGAAAGUUUACUUCAACGGAGAUGAAUGCAGGCUUCCUGCACCUGAUACUUACCCUUUCUUGCCCAAUUCAGGACUUAAGCCAUCAGUCUCAGUUUUCACGGUGAUUUUGUCGUUUGUCUUGCUAAUCUUCAGCUGUGGCAUAUUUUCUCAAUUUUGAGCAUUGUACUAGUUGACAUAAAAAUAUCAGAUGUGGAAAUAUAUUUCCAGAACACGAGUAGUAUUGGAAAAUCAGGCAUAGAAAAUUCAUUUUUAGUUUUGAACAAGAAGUCGAAUUCUGCAAUAUGUAAAGCAUCAGACACAUGCUAAUUUUGAGCAAUGAUAACAUGAUGGGAAGUAUAAGUUAGAAUUAA